GGCCGGAGCUGCGUGUGCUGGGAGCGGGGAGGACCGUGCGGUGUCACCAUGUGCGGAAUUUUUGCUUAUCUGAACUACAGAGUGCCUCGUACUCGGAAGGAAAUAUAUGAAACCCUGAUAAAAGGAUUACAGAGACUGGAAUACAGAGGAUAUGACUCUGCAGGAGUGGCAAUUGAUGGAAAUAAUAAUGAAGAUAAAGAAAGAUUCAUCAAACUAGUCAAGAAAAGAGGAAAAGUAAAGGCCCUGGAAGAAGAGUUGUACAAACAAGAUGACUUGGAUUCAAAAACAGAUUUUGAAACACAUUUCGGAAUUGCUCAUACUCGCUGGGCAACCCAUGGUGUACCAAGUGCAAUAAACAGUCACCCCCAGAGAUCAGAUAAAAGGAAUGAAUUCGUUGUUAUCCAUAAUGGAAUCAUCACAAAUUAUAAGGACCUGAGAAAAUUUCUGGAGAGCAAAGGCUACGAAUUUGAAUCUGAAACAGAUACAGAAACAAUCCCCAAAUUGAUCAAAUACAUGUAUGACAACAGAGAGAGUGAGGACACCAGUUUUUCAGCCUUGGUAGAAAGAGUUAUUCAACAGUUGGAAGGUGCUUUUGCAUUGGUUUUCAAGAGCAUCCAUUACCCAGGUGAAGCUGUUGCUACCAGGAGGGGGAGUCCUUUGCUCAUUGGGGUAAGGAGCAAGUACAAGCUUUCAACUGAACAGAUUCCUGUUUUGUAUAGAACAUGCAACAUUGAGAAUGUGAAGAACAUCUGCAAUUCCCGAGUGAAAAGACUGGACAGCUCAACCUGCCUUCAUGCUGUUGGGGAUAAGGCAGUAGAAUUCUUCUUUGCUUCAGAUGCAAGUGCUAUCAUUGAGCACACCAACAGAGUGAUUUUCCUAGAAGAUGAUGACAUUGCAGCAGUAACUGAUGGGAAGCUCUCAAUUCACCGUCUGGAGCGUUCGGCCAGUGAUGAUCCUUCCCGGGCCAUCCAAACCUUGCAGAUGGAAUUGCAGCAAAUCAUGAAGGGUAACUUCAGCGCCUUCAUGCAGAAGGAAAUCUUUGAGCAGCCAGAAUCAGUUGUCAACACGAUGAGAGGAAGGGUGAAUUUCGAGAGCAGCACAGUUUUGCUGGGGGGGCUGAAGGAUCAUUUGAAGGAAAUCAGAAGGUGCCGAAGACUGAUAAUUAUUGGCUGUGGGACCAGUUACCACGCUGCAGUAGCUACUCGACAAGUAUUGGAAGAAUUAACUGAAUUACCAGUGAUGGUGGAACUUGCCAGUGACUUCCUGGAUAGAAACACCCCUGUAUUCAGGGAUGAUGUGUGCUUUUUCAUAAGCCAGUCAGGUGAAACUGCAGAUACACUUAUGGCCUUGAGGUAUUGUAAGGAACAUCGUGCUCUGACAGUUGGCAUCACAAACACAGUUGGAAGCUCAAUAUCCAGGGAGACUGACUGUGGGGUACAUAUCAAUGCAGGACCUGAGAUAGGUGUGGCAAGCACAAAGGCUUAUACCAGCCAGUUCGUGUCUCUUGUAAUGUUUGGCCUAAUGAUGUCUGAAGACAGAAUUUCCUUGCAGAAAAGGAGACAGGAGAUCAUUAGUGGACUAAAAUCAUUGCCAGAGAUGAUUAAAGAAGUCUUAUCCUUGGAUGAGAAGAUACACGAUUUGGCUCUUGAACUGUACAAACAAAGAUCAUUGCUGGUUAUGGGUCGUGGGUAUAAUUACGCCACUUGUCUGGAAGGAGCUUUGAAAAUAAAAGAAAUCACCUAUAUGCACUCUGAAGGGAUCCUGGCUGGUGAGCUGAAACAUGGGCCAUUAGCCCUAAUAGAUAAACAAAUGCCUGUUAUCAUGGUGAUAAUGAAGGAUCCCUGUUUCACCAAGUGCCAGAAUGCUCUGCAACAGGUCACUGCUCGGCAGGGUCGUCCAAUCAUUCUGUGUUCUAAAGAAGACACAGAAAGCUCAAAAUUUGCCUACAAAACCAUUGAGCUCCCUCAUACCGUCGACUGCCUUCAAGGAAUCCUGAGUGUUAUUCCUCUUCAGUUGCUUUCAUUCCACCUGGCUGUUCUCAGAGGAUAUGAUGUAAGUGCUUUCUAUAUUUAACAGUCCAGUUAGUGCAGUUUUGAACUUCCUCCUACCAG